CAUAAAUUUGAAUAGAAAAAAGGGAUGAAAAUUAUAAGGGGAGUACAUAAAUAAAAAACUAUGCACUUCGGGUACCGGUAUUUGACAAUGGCUAUGCCUCGCCUUUCUCUAUCAUUUCCCUGUCCUCUUCCACCUCCUCCGUCAUCCUCCACCGCUCACCUGCGGCUUCACCGGACCACAAUUUUGCGCAGCCGCAUCAAAAUAGAAUCUUCCGGCGAGGGUUCAUGUAUCGCGUCACCCAAGCAGCCCAAAGUUGUCGUCACCAGAGAGCGCGGCAAGAACGGCAAGCUCAUCAAAGCUCUGGCAAUGCACGGGAUCGAUUGUCUAGAGCUUCCACUCAUUCAACACACACACCUUUCUGAUUUGGAUUUGCUUCCUUCCAUGUUGUGUCAAAACAACUUUGACUGGAUUGUCAUAACUUCACCAGAGGCUGGUCUAGUUUUCCUCGAUGCUUGGAAGGUUGCUGGGACCCCAAAUGUCAGAAUUGCAGUUGUCGGGGCGGGUACAGCUAGCAUAUUUGAUAAAGUUAGUUGGCCAUCAAAGCAGUGUCUUGAUGUUGCAUUUGCACCAUCCAAAGCAACUGGUAAGUUCCUAGCUUUAGAGCUUCCUAAGCAUGGGAACAAAAGAUGUACUGUUCUAUAUCCUGCUUCAGCUAAAGCCAGUGGUGAGAUUGAAGAAGGCCUUUCAAAGCGCGGAUUUGCGGUGACAAGGCUGAAUACAUACAAUACGGUGCCAGUCCAACAUGUUGAUAAGGACCUUCUCAGAGUAGCACUGUUUACCCCUGUUGUUGCUGUAGCAUCACCUUCUGCCAUUCAUGCAUGGGCAAAUCUUAUUCCACCAACGGAAAAGCGAGGAAAUGCUAUAGCAUGCAUAGGUGAAACAACUGCCUUGGCUGCCAAAAAACUUGGACUGAGAAAUGUCUACUUUCCCAAAAAUCCUGGUCUUGAUGGGUGGGUUGAUAGCAUUCUCCAGGCCUUGGGAGUCCUCGAGGGAGUCCAAAAUUUAUAAGAAUUGAAUGUUGUAUCUUCUUUGUUUUCCUAGCUAGAUUUUUCCCCCCAACGGAGGUAAUAUAAAGGAUCUGCUGGGAUUAUGUUUCUAGAGAUCUUCAGAGGUUGCGAAUGCAUGUUUCGCGGCAGGUGUUUCUGGUGCGCGGAGUGUAGAUAUGUUCUUGGAGUGGCAAGUAUUGCAGGCUUGACCAUGUACGUGUAUAGUAUUAUUGUCACACUUUUUAGCUUCCAAAAUAGUUGGCAUUGAUUUCCCUUCUUAGUUGACAUAAGAUUUGUUUAUUUAUGAAACUGGUUUUCUUGAAAACAUAAUCCCCAAAAAGGAAAUGCUUUUUAAGGAAAGAUCUUAAAUAUGCUAGCUGGGGAUCUUCCUCAUUU